AUUUGCAGUGCUCAAUCUGAACUAAACCUAGUGCCAUUGGCAAUUCUGAAGGCUGACUGGUGUUAUCAGAGCACAUUUUAUAGACUUGUAGUCUAUAGCAGACGGUCGCUCCUCAAGGCAGUCUGAGUUACCUAACGAAUGAACGCAGCGGAGGGUCAGGAAUACAUUGAAAUCUACCGUAUAUAAGCAAGCAGCGCGGGCUGUAACGCAGACUGCACCAUUUGUUCCAGUUCACUAACAGAAGACUGAUCUAAAAUCAGAAUCUAAAGUCAACUUCAUCCGACAUCAGUAGAGGUCUCCCAUAGGCACAUAUCUAAGAUCAGCUCAAUCACCCCACUAUCCCGACUUUCACCAUUAGAGGGUAAAAUGCAAAACUGACCUUAGAUCAACGUAUCAGACCGAGUUCAUCCCAGUUCCCAGCAGUCAUGGCGGGGUUCAAGAGGGGUCACGAUGGGAAGAUCGCCGGGCUGUACGACCUGGACAAGACGUUGGGACGAGGACACUUUGCUGUGGUCAAACUAGCACGCCAUGUCUUCACUGGAGAAAAGGUAGCUGUGAAGGUGAUAGAUAAAUCCAGGUUAGACCCGGUGGCCAGAGCUCACCUGUUCGAGGAGGUCAGGUGUAUGAAGCUGGUGCAACACCCCAACGUGGUGCGUCUGUACGAGGUCAUCGAUACGCAGACCAAGCUCUACCUCAUCCUGGAGCUGGGUGAUGGAGGAGACAUGUACGACUGCAUCAUGAAGCACGACGGAGGACUCACAGAGGAGGUGGCGAAGCGUUAUUUUACCCAGAUCGUCCAAUGCCAUCUCCUACUGCCAAGCGUUAUUUUGCCCAGAUCGUCCAAUGCCAUCUCCUACUGCCAAGCGUUAUUUUGCCCAGAUCGUCCAAUGCCAUCUCCUACUGCCAAGCGGUAUUUUGCCCAGAUCGUCCAAUGCCAUCUCCUACUGCCAAGCGGUAUUUUGCCCAGAUCGUCCAAUGCCAUCUCCUACUGCCACCGGCUACACGUGGUGCACCGCGACCUCAAGCCGGAGAAUGUGGUGUUCUUCGAGAAGCAGGGCCUGGUCAAGCUUACUGACUUUGGCUUCAGCAACAAGUUCCAGCCAGGAGAGAACCUGACCACAUCCUGUGGCUCUCUGGCCUACUCAGCACCAGAGAUUCUGCUGGGAGAUGAAUAUGAUGCGCCUUCCGUGGGUGAGUGUCUCCCAGAUAACUACUGACGUUCCCACAACUUUAGAGAACGUUCCCUUAAAUAGUCUCAUUAGGUCAUUCAUUACCUAAUGUUUUCAUAGGAAUCUUUCAGUGACAUGCAAGGACUGUUUCCAUGAGACCAUUCCCUUAUUGUCAAACAGAACUUACACAGAACAUGGUUGCUAUGUUCUGUGUAACAUAACAUAAGAUAUUAAUAUUCUACACAUGCUUCCUGGGAACGUUUCAAGAACAUUCAUGUGUCCAGUUUUCUGAGGGUUAGAAUAAUAUUCCAUCAUUGUCCCACCAAACUUACAUGAGUCCGGGCCUGGACUCUACAAAGUGUCGAAAGCGUUCCACAGGGAUGCUGGCCCAUGUUGACUCCAAUGCUUCCCACUGUUGUGU